GCCGUUGUCAUGGCAAAGAGGAUCCGGACCGCUCUGAGCGGAGCACUCGGCGGUUUCCCUCGGUAGCCGGGGGCGGAGGCGGAAGCAGAGCUGGGAGCGCUUGGGGAGACGGGCCGCAGACUGUCCAGUUCUGACACCAUAAGCGGGAAGUUCCGUCCUUUGUGCCGCGGCAGGGCUGCUUCAGUGCUUGCUUCUCCUUGUCGCCGCAAGUGCAGCCUGUGCGCCCAGCUCCGGGCAUCUCUGGAGAGCAGGAGAUGCUUCCUAUCAGGCCUGACCUGGGAAGAACUGGAGCUGGACUGCUCAGGGUCAGAAGAAGCCCAGAGCUGCAAGAGACCUCAGGCCACGGAGGCCGACACCUCCCCCCACUCCUCAUCUCUGACUAGGAAUCCCCCAUCCCUACAUCUUGCUCAGAGGCCGAUUUCCAGUUGGUGGUUCUGCCAUGGCGGCAAAAGGGAAAUCAGGAGCUGUGGCCAAAGGCACUGGCUUCUGGCACUCACCCCAAUCCACCUACACCCCAGAAACCUGCCAGCUGCUGAAAGUGAUGAUGGAGGAGUCUAAACUCAACAACUUCCAGCAGCGGCAGCUCAUGGAUUCAAUGAAAAGAGGUGAUGCACUACCUUCUCAGUGCAACCCUACAUCGAGCCAGAAGCCAACACCCAAGCGAGUCAACAACGUCUGUCUGCCGCCCAUCUUGGCAUCGAGGCCCCAGCUCCGCCCAGCUGAAGUCUGCCAGGCUAGCGAGGCCUACACCCGUGAGCAGUUCAGGCCAAAACCUUGUAGAGAUGCAGAAAAGGAGAAGGAGAGACUCCAGGACAUAUUUGCCAAUGGAAAGGAUGUCACUGAGAAGAGGAAAAAGAAGCCAUCUGUUCGGCAGGCUGAGCCUCCGCCCUCGGACCCAGAGCCAGAUAGAUUUGAAGAAUUGGUGAAGGAAGUCCGAGAGAGACAGGAGUUCCUGGCUGAAAUGCAGGCCCUCGGACAGGGCAAGCAGUACCAAGGAAUCAUCCUCACAGAGAUCUCCCAGAAACUGCGGGAGAUGGAAGAGAUCGACCAGAAGAGAAACGAGGAACUUCAAAAGGCUCUGACAAAAGCCCCUCCUUAAGAGCAGCCCACACCAUCCGGGGGGUGAGGCCUUCGUAGCACUGAGGUCCUGCCCCGGUCUCCCU